GUACUCACCACCGCAGUCGCCAUGGUCAUCAAAACACAGACUCCCUCAGUUAAAGCACGCCUGAAGUUCCAGCAAAAGCUCCACUGCCAGUUUGAUGUCGACCACAAGGGUGCAAAGGUCACCGUAGAGUGGCAUAGGCACCGCCCUGGUGAGAGGACUGAGCUCUUCAGUUACAACAGGCGCACAGGACAGACCAAGGGGAGCGGUGUCGGACUACAUGCCCUUGCGGCUGGAGAUGCCUCCUACAUCCUCGCCUCCACCACGAUGAUCAGUGAAGGGACCUACAUUUGUUCAGUGUCCGUGAAUCCACUGUUCGCCAAGGUGGAUAUAUAUCUGCAGAUUCAAGAGUCUCCCCAUGUCUCCCUCAAUGUUGGAACCACCCUGUUAUUGCAGGAGGGCAAGGACUUGAUGGUUAAGUGUGAGGCAAAUGGCUACUACCCUCGGGAUGUGGAGAUAAUUUGGUACGAGGAGGAUCCAGGCACUCCACAUCCCAAGCCACUGAACCAUAGUGUUCUGUUCAGC